UGCAAACAAGACAGGUACCUAAACCCGAGCUUCGUAAACGGCAGCAGCCUUGAGCUUUGGAAGCUUACAUAGUACCUAUUACCUAGCAGUACCGCACCCAAGGUUAGGUAGCACUGAAGUAAACGCAAGUAAAUCCGUAGCCUCUUCGACCUCCCGCUCCCCAUUUCAAACCAAACCCUUCAUUUCAAACCGACGCAUAACUUCUCGACCUAACGACCCCAUAACCUUCGUUUAUAGAAAGUCUUUUUUUAUAAAUCUUCCAAGAUGUUUAUGGCAAGAUCUGAAUACGACCGGGGUAUCAAUACCUUCUCCCCCGAAGGACGUCUCUUCCAGGUCGAAUACUCGCUUGAGGCUAUCAAACUCGGCUCGACAGCAAUCGGCGUCGCAACGUCGGAGGGUGUGGUUCUGGGCGUAGAGAAGCGCGUGACGUCGACGCUGCUAGAGACCUCGUCCGUAGAGAAGAUCGUCGAGAUCGACCGUCACAUCGGCUGCGCCAUGUCCGGACUGCAAGCCGACGCCCGCAGCAUGGUCGAGCACGCCCGUGUCGAGUGCCAGAACCACGCAUUCAACUACAACGAGAACCUGCGCGUCGAGAGCUGCACCCAGGCCAUCUGCGAUCUCGCUCUGCGCUUUGGCGAGAGCGCCGACGGCGAGGAGAGCAUCAUGAGCCGUCCCUUCGGUGUCGCUCUCCUGAUCGCCGGCUAUGACGAAGACGGCCCACAGCUCUACCACGCCGAACCUAGCGGCACAUUCUACCGCUACGACGCCAAGGCCAUCGGCUCCGGAAGCGAGGGUGCCCAAGCAGAACUACAAAAUGAAUACCACAAGUCUCUUACGAUCAAAGAUGCGGAGACGCUAGUCCUGAAGACGCUGAAGCAAGUGAUGGAGGAGAAGCUCGACUCGAAGAACGUGCAGCUGGCGAGUGUAACUAAAGAGCGCGGUUUCAGGAUAUACACGGAUGAGGAGAUGGCCCAAGUCGUGGAGAGACUACCUGCCAACUAAAGGGAGAAACAGGGAGUUGGUUGGACCACAAGAACCUAGUACUAACGGAACUGCAGCAUAGUACAAUUAUCUACCUAGGUAGACAAGGGAUUAGGGUGAAAGAUUCUAUCUCGUCGAGAGCUUGAUUAUACUCGCGGAUAUUCUUAGAGAAGGA